AUGCUUCCGAUGCUUCGCGUUCUCGCGGUCGCCGCGCUGGCAUCCGCCAUGGUCCCGCGCACCAUGGAGCGCGUCGUGCAGACGGCCAAGAAGGAGGCCGCCGCGGGCACGCUCGACGGCACGGUGAAGAUGAAGCUGAAGCGGUCCGCGGGCGCGGAGGCGCCCAAGGUCGCGGCGCGCGUCGCCGAGGCCAUGGGCUGCGCCCCGCCGCGGCGCGUCUUCCGCCCCGCCGGCAAGCACGAGCUCAAGCACGUGCGCGCGGGCCUCGACCUCCACUACUCGACGGACUGCGCCGCGGCCAAGGAGGCGGGCGCGCCCGGCACGUCGGCGAAGCCCAAGGCGGGCCGCCGCGCGGUCUGGGCCCUCGAGAGCCUCGCGCGGACGGACCGGGCGCUGCUCGACGCCGUGGAGACGCUCGCCGCGGGCCUGGCCAUCCAGCGCACGGGCUACGACAUGGACGACCCCCUGCGGUCCGCGCAGACGCACUACGACGCGAUAAAUCUCGACGAGGCCUGGGAAAUGGGCGCGGGCGACCCGUCGAUCGUCGUCGCCGUCGUCGACACGGGCAUGGACAUGGACCACCCGGAUCUUCAAAAGAACGUCUGGGUCAACGACGGCGAGAUCUGCGGCAACGGCGUCGACGACGACAAGAACGGCUACGUCGACGACUGCUACGGCUACAACUUCGCGGACGACAAGGGCAACGGCGACCUGUUCGGCGACGGCUCCCACGGCACGCACUGCGCGGGGACCAUCGCGGCGGACAACGACAACGACCUCUACGUGUCCGGCGUCGCGGGCGGCAAGAACGGCAACGCGGGCGCGUCCCUCAUGACGCUCGUGGCCUUUGGUCAGGUGUCCUACGGCGGCUUCGCCGAGGGCAUCGUCUACGCCGCCGACAACGGCGCCAAGAUCGUCUCCAACUCCUGGGGGUACACGGCGCCGGACCAGUACGCGGAGGACGAGCUCGCGGCCAUCGACUACGCGGACGAUCUCGGCGUCGCGGUCGUCUUCGCGGCGGGCAACGCGGGCACGGACGAGAACUGGUACCCGGCCUACUACGACCGGGCCAUCGCCGUCGCCGCCGUCGACGACGACGGCGUCGCGGCCUACUUCACGUGCUUCGGCGACUGGAUCGACGUCUCCGCGCCGGGCGUCGGCGUCCUGUCGACGGUCGCGAUGAGCGAGGGCGCGACGGACUACUACGACGGCACGUCCAUGGCCUGCCCCCACGUCGCGGGCCUCCUCGCGCUGGGCUGGGCCAUCGACCCGAGCCGCAGCAAGGACGACGUGCUCGACUGCCUCUACGGCACGGCGACGGAUCUGGACGACGUCAACGGCGCCUACGCGGGCAAGCUCGGCGCGGGCCUGAUCGCGGCCGGCGACUUCGCGGCCUGCAUGAAGAACGGCGCGCCGUCGGCGGCGCCGACGCUGUCGCUGCCGCCGACCAGGUACCCGACGACGGCGUCGCCGACCGCGACCUUCUCGCCGACGGACUACGGCUGCGGCCGCUGCGACCUCGUGCUCACGCUCGUGCUCGUCACGGACCAGUACCCCGAGGAGACGGGCUGGAGCCUGAGCUGGGACAACCCCGGCGGCUGCCGCGGCGACGCGACGGCGCGAAAGUCCGCGGGCGCGUACGGCGCGCAGUACACCAAGUACACGGAGACGGUGGAAGGUUUGUGCGCGGGCUUCGAGUACACGUUCACCAUCGCCGACACCUACGGCGACGGCAUCCUCGAGGGCGGGAGCUACGUCGUCACCGUCGGCGGCGCCGACGUCGCCGCGGGCGCGACGUUCCAGUACUCGGAGAGCACGGUCUUCGUGGCCCAGUACGGCGGCACGCCCGCGCCGUCCGCGACGCCCGCGCCGACCUACGAGCGCACGCCGGCGCCGACGACGAAGCCCGUCACGCCCCUGCCGACGAGCGACAUGGGCGACUGCGUCGUCGACUACCCGGACUACGUCGGCGACGGCUACUGCGACGCCUACGGCGGCGGCUACAACACGGAGGCCUGCGGCUGGGACGGCGGCGACUGCUGCUUCUGCACCUGCGACGACGGCGGCUCGUCCUACGCCUGCGGGCCCUACGACUGCCGCGACCCGGACGAGGCCGAGCCGUCGUGCGAGGUCGACGACGGCGCCUACGCCUACGGCGGCUACGGCAACUACGGCUACGGCAGCCCCUACGGCAACUACGGCAACUACGGCUACGGCGCCUACGGCUACGACUACGACUACUGGUGGUACGGCGAGGACGACUACGGCGGCGACGACAUGGCGCCGACGCCGUCGAGCGGCUACGUCGCGGGCCUCGCGGCCUGGGGGCAGACGGCCGAGGCCGUCGUCGUGUCCUGGGAGAGCGACGUCUGGCAGGAGAGCGCCUACAGCUUCAAGGUCGGCGUCGCGCGCGAGGGCGGCGACAUGUCGUGGUCCUACCCGGCGUGCCAGGCGUCGGGCCAGGGCGCCUUCUUCCACGUCCUCACGGCCGCCGACGGCCUCGAGUGCGGCGAAUCCUACGAGAUCCUCGUCAUGCAGGGCGACGCGCAGACGGAGACGAUCGUCGCGCGCACGCUCGCGUGCGACGGCUCCGACGACGACGCGGCGUGCGUCUGCGACUGCGGGAGCGACUACGAGGAGGACGACUGCGCCGACAGCACGUCGUGGUACUACAAGAAGAGCAAGGACACGUGCUCCGACUACGUCACGAAGAAGAGCAAGAAUUGCAAGAAGAAGGACGAGUUCAAGGUCAAGGCCGAGGACGCGUCGGCGGCGGCGUCGCUCCGCGCGCGCGCGUGCCCGCUGACCUGCGGCGUGUGCUCCUCGUCGGACUGCGAGGACUCGACGUCGUGGUACUACAAGAAGAGCAAGGACACGUGCGCCGACUACGUCACGAAGAAGAGCAAGAACUGCAAGAAAUACGGCGUCGACGACGUCCUCGCCGAGGACGCCUGUCCCGUGACCUGCGGCGCGUGCUAG